AUGGCGUUGGUCGAGCCAAAGAAGGUUGCAGGUGGUGCUUUUGGGCAGUUCUUAGCCGAGAAGCGCUCGGAGCUACAGAAGGAGCUUCAAGGAAAGCCUGUGACGGAGAUUACGAAGCUGGCCUCGGCCAAGUUUAAGGCUUUGAGUGAAGAGGAGCGGGCCAUCUAUCAGGAGAAGUACUUGACUGCCAAGGCCAAGUAUGAAGCGGACCUGAAGGCAUUCGAGGAAGCCGGAGGUGAGAAGAAGCAGCGCAAAGCUAAGGGCAAGAAGGAUGGCAAGAAGACGAAAGACCCAGAUGCCCCCAAGCGCCCUGGGGGAGGCGCCUAUGGUUGCUUUCUGGCCAAGCACCGCGCGGCUUUCCAAAAGGAGACCGCUGGUCAACCAGUCACCGCAGUGACCAAGCUGGCAUCUGCCAAGUGGAGCGCGCUGAGUGCAGACGAGAAAAAGAUCUAUGAGGAUGAGUAUAAGGCCAAGAAGGAAGCCUAUGACGAAGCCAUGAAGUCCUACGUGCCGCGUGAGGGUGCUGAAGAGCCGGCAGUGAAGAAGCCGCGUUUGGAGGCCAAGGAGGCCAAGGUGAUGGACAAGGAGCCCAAGGCAAAGGCUGCAGCUGAUGGCCCGAAACGCGCGCGCGGCCGCCCAAGGGCAGAUGGAGCGGCAAAGGCGGUGAAAGCCAAGGCGCCCAAGGGUGAGGAGGUGGAGCUGCAGGCGACAGUCUUAGCAAAGGCUGAGAAGGUUGGCAUGUCCGAAGCUUUGAGGAAGUUGGCCAACCGCGAGGAUAUCAAAGCCAGUGGGAAGAGUCAAAGUGCCAUGCUCAAGGCUUUGGAGGAGAAUCGUGGACUCGUGCACCCUGCCAAGCGAGCACUCUUGGGGGACGGCAAUCGCGAAGAGUCAGCCGCCAUGCGGGGCGAAUGCCACGGUGAGCUGGAGAUUCGUUGGGAGCGAUUGCCAACAGAGAUGGCGUUGGCCACGAUGACCGAGACGUGCAGCUGCGGAACCGCCGAUGCUGAUGAAGACAUGCACAAGGAGGACUGUAAGGCGAGAACGCUUACAGUAACCGAGGCUUCGACUGCUGGGUGCCGUGCGGAAGAGCAACACUCUGGUGCGCCUGGCGGACAUGGAGCCGAUGUUUCAGAUUCUGGGUUUGAACCGUCUUUUCUGCAACAAGCCGCCUCGGGAAACCUCGGCGCUGGACCCGGGCUUCGUGAUCUACCGUGGUGUCGGAGGCGUCAACACGCCCAGUGGCGUCUUCGGAGAUCACUCCAACAUGGUGCCCCACGCUUGGAAAGGCGUGAGUGUGUCCUUGACCAGCCAUGA